GAACAAAUUACUUGAACAUUAAUCAUUGUGUUGACUUAAUUGUGACAGUUAAUUUUUCAAGUCACAAUAAAAAGUUAACUAUGAAUUAACUUUGAAUCUAUUUUGAUUGUUACAAUGGUUCUCAGCGUUUCUAAUUGACAAUUAACCAGGAAAAUUUGUUUCUUUAUUAAAUUAGUAGGAUGAUAAAUCUGUUUAUCUUGUUGGUAAUUAAAUUUGAUUAAAAAUGAUCAAUUUCUCAAUAAGCGUUGAGCCUUUGAUUUUACUCUUUAUUGCAGCAAUUAACUGUGAAUACACUUUGAUUCAAUAUUCAGUUUCAACGUCCCAUUGUCUUUCAUUGACCAAUCUAACUGACCCAUCCAUUUGUGAGUCACCAAAAUCUCCCAAUGUUUCAGCUCUAAUCAAAGACGAUGUGACAAUUUCAAUGAGAAAUUACAACUUUUUCCUGUCCAUUUGCUGUUCACUGGCCACUCUGUUCACCGGCUCUUGGUCAGAUUAUUAUGGAAGACGAUUACCGAUAAUGUUUGCCCUUUUGUCCUCCAUUUUGGCUCAAUGUCUUUGCAUAAUUUUCUGGAUUACACUUGAUCACAAUUUAAUUUGGUUAAUCUAUUUGGCUGGAUUAGUCUCUGGUAUCUCUGGAUCAUCAUCAAGUCUAAUUGCAAACUGUUUCGGGUACACAGCUGAUAUAACCAGUGUCCAAGAAAGGACCAAAGCGAUGACCACAAUGCAAUCAAUGCUUUACUUGGGAAGUGCAAUCGGUUUCUCAACGGGCAGUACAAUGGUCAAGCUAUUUUCCUCCUCUCUGUCCAUUGGAUUCACAGUUUUACUCCUUAUUCAUAGUAGUUUAUUUAUCUAUGUACUUUGUUACCUCAAGGAAUCAAAAUCAACAACAGACUCGCCAACGGUCAAGGGACUAUUCAGAUUAUCUCACAUGGCAACAGUUUUCUGGACAAUAUUUCACCCUCGACCUGACCAACCCUUUAAACGUACAUGGCUACUCACAGUGGUCAGUUGUAUUUUCCUUGCAAAUCUCAUUUCCCAUGCAAGAUUUUCAAUUCUUUACGUUUUCCUACGAAAUGACCCUUUAAGAUGGACAUCAGAUCUUUAUGGUUACUUACAAUCGGCUAAUUAUCUGAUUGGUGGGUUUACAUUACUCAUUUUAGUUCCAACUGUCCAACGAGUUUAUCCCAAGUUAAUUAACGACGAUCUCAUGGCAACUCUUGGAUUCGCCUCUCGAACUGUUGGUCUGAUCUUCCUUGGACUGACCAAAGAAACUUUUACAACUUUUGCAUCUUCCUUUGGGUUCAUUUUUUCAGAAUUAACUUUACCCUCUUUGAGGUCAAUCGUCUCAAAAACUGUCGAUACAAAUGAAAAGGGCAAAGCAUUUGCUUUCCUUGGACUAUUAUCAAAUUUUACCUUCUUAAUUGGAUCGCAAUUAGCGAGUUUAGUUUAUCAUUACAGUUCAUCACAAUUUCCUGGAUUAAUUUUUAUCAUUCUAAGCAUCAUAUCAACUAUACCAUUCACAAUUUUCAUGAUUAAAUAUUUUGAUUUAAUUAAUUUCCCGACGACAACAACAACAAUCAACAACCAAAUGAUCAAUAGUAAUAAAGAUGAGACAAUUUCUCAUGUUAAUUGUUUAUCUAAUCAACACAAUCGCUUUGAUAAAAGUAUUGAAUUAGCUAACGAUCAAUGUGUUCAAGAGGAAAUUGAAAAACUAUUAACACUCAAAAAUUAACUAAUUGCUGAUGAAACAAUUUUCUAAUCAACUGUAACCACAGUUGAAUUUCAAACUCAUACAAACAACAAUAAUUAAAUUCUGAGAAUCGGUUAAUUGUGACCAGUUAACCAAUUCUUUUCUGUAGUCAA